UUAUGCGCUUCGUUUUCCUCACUACAUUCAUAGAAACGAAAAAAAACGAAAUAUCACUGGCAGAAUGUUAGAAGUUGUCCUUGAGAAUUGAUUGUGAUAUGGAAUUAACGCUGAGAGAGUAUAAAUUCUUACUGUUGGAAUAAUUCUCAUCGUGGUAGGCUAUUUUUCUGUCUUCAACGCAAAACAGCGCUGCUUACCACAGCUGAUAGAUGACGUGAUACAGGUAUGUGAAUCUGUAUGAAUACCCAUCAUGCUACUGAAGAUUCUUCCUCUGUUGGAAGUCAUUGUUGCAGUGCUGUCCCUAUUCAAUCACACAAGUGCAGCUGAAGUCCACGUCCGUGCCAAAAAAGGGGACACUGCAGUGUUGACAUGCAGUCUUCCAGCCCUGGAUGAGGGCAGCUCUGCUCCUCAGCACGUCAUAGAGUGGGUGCGUCAGGGCUAUGAUAUCCCCAUCCUCAUCCAGUUUGGAGUGCACGAUCCCAGAGUGCAUCCCAACUAUGACGGUCGAGUGUCACUCAUCAGGGGAACAUCCCUGCAGAUGAGGGGGCUUCUCCUGGAGGACGAAGGCUGGUAUGAGUGCAGAAUCCUCCCGCUAGACAAAACCACAGAUGAGACUGGCAGCAACGGGAGCUGGACUCUACUCUCCGUUACAGCGCCUCCUGUGUUUACGGAGACCUCCCCUCCUGGAGUUGAAGUGUUUGUAGGGAGAUCGGUAACUCUGAAGUGUGCAGCUCAGGGAAAUCCACGGCCUACAAUAACCUGGUCUAAAGAUGGACGACCUAUAAAUCCUCAAAGCAAAGUAAAGAUCAUGAAUGGAAGUGUAUCUUUCCAUGCUGUAAGCAGAGAAACAUCAGGCCAGUAUCAGUGUCACGCCUCCAACACUGAAGGAAAUGUGACUCACCUCACAAAGCUCAAAGUCAUUGGCCCUCCAGUGAUUGUAAUUCCUCCAGCGGACACUGUUCUCAACAUGUCCCAGGAUGCCAAGUUGAAGUGCCAGGCUGAAGCUGAUCCACCCAACAUGACCUAUGUGUGGCAAAGACAAGGAGAAGAUAUUUAUCACAUUGAGUCUCUGAAGUCUCGUGUUAAGGUCAUAGUGGACGGUACACUUCUCAUAUCACGUUUGACUCCAGAGGAUUCUGGGAACUACACCUGCAUGCCCUCUAAUGGACUUCAUGUCUCCCCCUCUGCCUCAGCCACCCUCACUGUGCAGCACCCAGCACAGGUGACGAAGAUGCCCUCGUUGACCUUCCUCCCCACUGGCAUGAGGGGCGUCAUUGCGUGCCCCAUCAGAGCUGAACCACCAUUAUCACAUGUCGACUGGAUCAAAGAUGACAAACCACUCGAUUUAGGCAUGUAUCCUGGAUGGACACUGACUUCAGAAGGCUCUAUAAUCAUAGUGACAGCUAAUGACGACGCUGCAGGUGUAUACACGUGUACUCCCUACAAUAGCUUUGGGACAAUGGGCCAGUCUGAGCCCACCACCGUUAUACUACAGGAUCCUCCAUCAUUUAAAGUGUCACCUCGUAAGGAGUACAGACAGGAUGUUGGGGGCAUGCUUGUUAUUCCAUGUCAGAUGGACGGUAAUCCGGCUCCAAAAGUCAGCUGGAAAAAGGUUGGCACAGCCUCUCGCUCACUGUUCACUGUAGCAGCGAAUGGCUCCCUCAUUCUGCGUCCUCUCAGUAAAGACCACCAGGGGGAAUGGGAGUGCAGCUCCACCAACCGAGUAGCCACUGUAUCUGUCAGAACAACAGUCCUUGUGCUGGGUACAAGUCCACAUGCAGUGUCAUCAGUAUCUGUGAUCCCAGGAAUUAACCAGGCCAAUGUCUCUUGGGUAGCUGGCUUUGAUGGAGGAUAUGCCCAGAAAUUCACUGUCUGGUAUAAGCAGGUGUCAGCAGAAAGGAAAGAGAUAAAGCAAGAGUGGUUAUCUUUCUCAGACCUCUCCACUGAGAACAGUCUGUUGGUCACCAAUCUUCUUCCUGCUACUGAGUACCAGUUCAGUGUUAUGGCCCAAAAUAAAAUUGGCACUGGGCCCUUCAGUGAGAUCACCACCAUCACAACUCUGGAUUCACUUCCUGUUGUGGUCAAGCUGGUACCACCUACAAAUCUCUCGAUCAAUAAGAGUUCAGAGGGAAUUCUUCUGUGGUGGUCAGUGCCUCAGUCCCAUUCUCCACACAUUGACAGUUUUGUCGUACAGUCACGCCUUGAAGGAGGGGAAUGGAUUAAUCUGAAAGAGAACAUUAGCCCAGUUGAGAGUCAAAUCUUUCUUCGAGGGUUAUGUAAGGACUGCAAGUAUGAACUGAGGCUUCUCUCUCAACGUGGAGAUCAGCUGAGCAUGCCCAGUCCAUCAAUCAGUGUCUCCACCAUCGGAAUGAAUAUGCACCCAGCCAGUUCCCGCCUCCUAGACUUUCCUGACCAGCUAAUGGCUGGUGUUAUGGGUGGAGUAGGACUCCUUUGUCUUGCUCUUAUCCUGACCCUGGCAAUAGUCUGUUUCAUUUUUCACAAAAGGAACCGAAGGCGUAGGCAGAAUGUCAAGGAUCUCCCUCCUGCAAUAAAUAAUAACCCUUCUGAAAACAGCCCUGACAACACCCUGAACCAAAGGCUCCUACCAGCUCGUCCACUCUCCUACACUUCCUCUUCUUCCAAUCACUCCUCCCUUGAAAAGUCUAGUCACAGUGAUUUUCAUGCCCAGCGGCAACAUCUCCUGCCUCAAGCUCACCCUCAAUCCCACCAUUCCCCCCCUGAGAGCCAUCUCCAACGGGCAUCACUUGCCCCUGUGUCCUCUGUGGAGUUCAUCCAUCGUGGUCCUGACGGACGCUUUAUUGUCGAUUCUUGUGAAGACGCCAAUAUUGUCAGUUCUCAGAUCAAGAGAAACCCAAGUCAAAACUCCCAUCGGUCAUCAGAAAGAAACAGGAGCUUCAGAAUCCAGAAAUCCCAGUCUUUGAGAUCCUACAGGGAUGAAAGAAAAAAGCCACCUUUUGUCCUUUCAGUGGAUCUUCCACCUUUCGCAUCAGAUAUCCCUUCUUCUAGCAGAACACGAGCUAUGGCUAAGCACCUCUCAUUGAACGGACAUUACAUGCCCAUUCUGGAGCAAGAGUUCUUGGAUGGACCAGACCAGACAAGUCUCUCAUCAGAUAAUAGUGACUCUUUUCUCUAUCCUCAUUCAGAAAGUACUCUGGGUCAGCAGUCCGUGAAACAAGGUACCAAACACUCUACAGCCAGUAACCUGGUUUUGCAGAUGGAGCAUGAGAGGGAACAAGGAAACCUAAGUCGCUGUUUAUCUUUAGCUCGUGAGAGAGAGGAGCUUGAAAAGGAACUGCGCAAGUACACUGUUGAUCGAAAUCCGUAUAGUCAUGAACAGACAGAUGAGUAUGGAAGAAUCUGGAAAGUUCGAGAAACCUCAACUCCUCAGGGUAACUACCAAGCCAUUAGACAAAGCCUUUUAUCUGAGAAUGCCAGCAUGUUGAAGGGAAGAGCUGCCUCUUGCAUUCCAUGGGAGGAAAGACACAGGAUUUCUUCUGCAAGCUUGGUGCCCCUACAUACCUCUCAUGGAAAGGAUACCAAGUAUAGGCAGAAUCAGCAAGGUUACUAUUCCAUCCAGAGAUCUAACUACCAAAGGUCUCGUAGUCUAGACAGAGGGGAACACCAAAAAUCACAAACAUGGGACCGAAGACGAAGCAGAACUCCUGUUGAGUCAAGUCUUGGCCGUGUAAUGGAUGAACCCUUAAUCUGCAAAUUGGAGAAUACCCAAACAGAUGUAGGGCAUAGAGGUCAGAGGACCUCAAGCAGAAGUCAACAUUAUUUUGACCCAUGUAUUUAUUCAUCCUCAGACAAUCAGCAGAGGCAGACCAUAGAAAGAAGCACUAGACAGAUAAAUCCAACUAGUGUUUAUUCAGAGAUGAGUGUAGACGGCCCUGAUCUUGAGAGCCAGUCUCCAUAUUCAAGGUCCAAGCUGGGCUCAGAUCACAGUUAUGAGACUCUAGAUUAUGACCGACCCAGAUUAUCAGAUCUUGUAAAUAACAGAUCAGUAGAGUCAGGACAUGCAAGUUUAAGAAAGCAGCAGACGUUGAACAAUUGGUCGAGCAAAACUGUAUCUCAAAUCAAUGUCUCUGGAACAAUGCCUCGGAAGACAAAGAGUCUGGGGUCAAACAAUUGUAAUCGCCACAAGAGCACCCAAAGUUUAGACUCAAAAUUAUACAAGGACCAUUUUUUGACCCCUAAUGCCUGGAUAGACUCGCUGACACUUGGUCGAGAUUCUACAACAUCCCCCUUUGCAUGCAGACCCAACUCGGUGGCAGAUAAGCCUAAAAGUAGUCCUAGUUUGCAAACAGAUUCAUCUGUGCCUUUAGAAAGUCAAACACAAGACCCCCAUCAUCAGGCUUCUAAAUCAUAUAAUAGCUCUAUGAAUAACUCACAAUCCCGCAAAAAGCUAGUGUCGGGACAUAGCACUCAUGCUGCCUUAUCAACAGGGGGUUCUAGCUGGCCUCGGCCUUAUUGCCCUUCUCUGCCAGCCUUGCCAUCUGGAAGACGGAGCCAAAGCCAAGAGGGGGAGAGAGAGGAGGAAGAUGAAGAUGGGCAGGAGGUUGAUGUGGAAAUGAACAGAUACAGGAAGAGUUCCGAGACAGAGGGAAGCUACAGAAGUUAUGCAAGCCAAAGCAGUGGCAGAGGCAGCAUGGAUGCACCUAACAGCAGGCAUUUCUCUCUCAGCCCUCCUCUGACCAGCUCUCCAGAGACCACAGAGGACAGUGAACGUCCUGAGCCUGAACGGCAUGAAAGAUCUAGAAGAGGCUCUGUGGAUGAGAGUUAUGAGUGGGACUCUGCUUACGUCGCAAUGCAUCCUGUGGACCCCAAAGUGUCAGGUCUACAGAGCCAAGAGAAGAAGAUCAGCUCUACUAAAGAUUAUGGAAGGCCAGAUUUAGACCUGAAACAAAAAGGUCUUUACCCUCCGCCUGGUUUGAAGGGAUCUGUUCCGCUCUUUGAACUUCCCAGUAUUCUUCCUCCUCACUGCGAGCAAGAAUCACUCCUUUCUCAGGAGAUUCGGAAGAGCUUCACGUCAUUCCCAGACCCAGAACCCGACACUGUGCUCUUCUGAUUAAGGACAAUUGGACACAGCAUGGUUGCCAUCAACACACAUCUGAAUGGCCAGCAUGAGAUGGGACACUGGGUGUCGCUAUUAAUUGGAUGUCUGUGGACCACUCAAGCACAAUACAACCUAAGAACACACACUACUCUGCCUAGCUAAUGGAAAUGACAUUACCUGACGGAUGGGCCAAAGCACAGUGAAGAGAACUGUCAUUUAAAGAGCUUACAUUAUGUGCUGGAGAUGCAAAUCAAAGAGGGAAUAAAUAAUACAGGACUUUGCUCUCUGCACCCUGCUGUUGCUGAUGAAACCGAAUUUGAAAUAAAAAUGCUCAAGCUGUCUCAAUGAGCCCCCCUUUCAAAGUUGAUUUUUGCAGAGGCUUUCGAUUGUUCUGUAAUUCCUAUUUUGACAGUAAGUGCCCAUUAUAAUUUGGAAACCUCAUCAAGGCUCUUUUAUGCUUGGUUACAGGAAUAUUUUAUUGUGCGAAGCAGUACGUUGAAAAGUAUAAUUUGUAGCUACCUUCAAGUUGUCAAGCGAAUUGGAGUUGCAUUUAAAUUCCUCUAUAAAUCUUGUCAGACAUUUCACUGAAAAUUGUGAUUGAAGUACUGCUUUGGCAGCAACUUCAGUUUUCUUGACAAUCAUUGGUCCUCCCUAUACCCACUCAAACCUACCUCAUACACGCUACAAUCCCAAUGACACCAUUCAUGUAAAUUUCACACUGUCAUUCAUAUGGAGAAAAAACUGCAUACCGAUCACUGUGUGGUGCAUCAUCUAGUCCUUGACAGACUGACAAUCGAUAAAAUCCCUUUGAAGGUUUAACCCUUUAACCUCCACUAGAAUGUUUUUUAUUGAAGUUUCCAAUUUUUUCAUUUUUGUUAAUGGUGUGCGGGCUUCUUGUUUCAGAGUUUGUAAUGUUGCCGAGCUACUCUCAUCCGAAGGAGCUCAUUUUUUUUUUGUGUUUUAAUGAGCCUUAGUGUCUGACGAUGACGUUUGAGCCGUUUAAUGAGAAAAGAAAACGUAGCCUAUAAAAUCGGUUGAUUAUCUGCAUCAGUGUCUUUUUUUAGGAAGAAUCUAAUAAACGGAUACUCUUUCAGAGUGCAACUGGAAGGAAAUGAUUAAAUUCACUGCAGGUCAUGGGAGUUAAUUACAUAUCACAGCACCCUGUGGUCUGGCCGUCUGCUGAGCCUGACAAUAAAGAGUUAUGUUUACUAAAAGAGCUUAACUGUUUACAGUUAAACCAAACAUUUUUUUUCUGUUCAAAUGCUUUUCUUAUAAUAAUACAAAAAAAACACAUUUUCAUUUUUAAAAGCAAUUAAAAUGAAUCUUUGUAUGAGUGUUUUAUUGCGUCAGAAUGCUAAACACACUUGACAGAAAUCUUUAUUUUCUGCCAGUAUGAAAUGUGUCUCUGUAUCUACUACCUACUCACUGAAUGUAGAAUCUUUGCAAAUAUGUGUAUAUGUAAUUAAUUGUUAUAUUAAUCAAAGUCUAUUCAAACAAGACUGUACAAAUUAACUCCUUUUUCUUAGUAGGGACAUGAGAAUUGUUCCAGUUGUUUGCAACCCAGUUAUUGUUUUUCGGGAAA